AACGUUUUAUAUUGGUUCCGUCAUCACUCUGGACUACAAAUGGAAUCUUUGGAACCUUGAUGAAGGAUCAGAUGAGUACCGAACGGCAUUCACUGCCUGCAAUGAACGCACCGGGGAUCGAAUCCUCCAAGGUUGUCUGACUAACAGGGGAAUGUACAUCAAGCUUGGGCAGGUCCUGGUCACUGCAAACUAUGUCCUACCCAAGGAGAUUCUACUGAAGCUGUCUGUAUUGCACGAUAAAGCACUGACAAGAGAAUACAAAGAGCUUGAUCAGUUAUUUCAAGAAGACUUCAACUGCAAACCAGAUGAGAUGUUUAAGGAGUUUGACCCACAGCCAAUAGCUGCAGCAAGUCUAGCCCAAGUUCAUCGUGCAGUUACACAUGAUAACCAACAAGUAGCUGUCAAGGUGCAGUAUAUCAACUUGCGCGACCAAUACAGUGGUGACAUGAUGACAUUAGAGAUCAUGCUCAACCUUAUCCACUGGGUGUUUCCAGAUACGAUAAACUACAACACCAUCCUUAAAGAUAUGAAAAAACCUCUGGCCAAGGAACUAGACUUUGAGAAUGAGGGUCGGAACUCUGAGCGCUGUGCUACAAAUCUUCAGCAUCUCAAGUACAUCUAUGUUCCAAAAGUCAAGUGGGAUCAUACAAGCAAGAGAGUUCUCACAAUGGAGUUUAUCGAAGGAUGCAAGGUUACUGAGGUGGAUAAAAUGAAAGAGAUGGGUCUCAAACCUGCAGAUAUUGACCAGAAAUUAAUCGAGGCCUUUGCUGAACAGAUCUUCCGCACAGGAUUUGUGCACGCUGAUCCACACCCAGGAAACAUUUUUGUUCGGAAGGGGAAAGAUGGGUUGGCAGAACUAGUGCUUCUAGAUCACGGCUUGUAUGAAGAGUUACCAUCAGAUGUGCGGUUAGCAUUGGGGAAAUUCUGGCGUUCAAUUAUCCUGAAAGAUGAACCGACAAUGAAACAAAGUGCAGCUGAUAUGGGAGUCACAGAGUACUUGUUGUUUGGUAUGAUGGUCACUCAGCGGCCGAUAAACAUGAAGGCGCGGCGUGGUCUCCACAUGACCUUCAUCAUGCCACCGGAAAAACUACGCAAGAUGGCCGAACAGUUUCACAAUAAUAUGGACGCAAAGCAUGCAGAUUUGAUGAAGGAAAGGCUUAACGAAUUUGUUCUGUCACUGCCAAAAUCACUGUAUUUAAUAUUCAGAAACAUGAACACUGUUCGUUCCAUUGAUCGUGAGCUUGGCCAACCUGUAAACUACCUCGUUACAAUGGGUCGAAGUGCUGCUGGAGCAAUGUUUAUCGAAUCUCAAGAUAGAACUUUUACAGAGAAGAUUUAUGCAUCAUGGCAUCGCUUUCUGUAUGAUUUUACUCUCAGGUCUGAUCAAGUUAUCUACUCGAUGAUAAACUUAGUCAUGCGAGUGGCUAUUCAGUUUGGUUUGGUCCGAACACCCAAGAUCCAAGAUCCUCAACAAAGAUUUAUGGAUAGCUUCCAGUAAAUAGGACUCAGGAGUACAAUUUGGCGGCCGUUACCAUCAACUGUUUUUGUCAUUGGCCAGUGAUUAACCAAUGGCCAAUUCAACCGAAACAGUGACCAUCAAAACAUCCCACUACAGGAGAUUUAGUACUUAUGCACUGGCCAUGGCUGGACAACCGGAUGUUUUCAUCAGGCGGGCCGUCAAGUGGUCCUUCUCAAGGAAUAACUCAGGAUUUAAAAAAUGUUUUAAUGACUGCAAGUUUGUUUGUUUAUAUGUUGUCUAUAUUGUCUGGUGCCUAAUAUCUUUGAAGGAAUUAACAAUGAAUGAAUUAAAAAAAAUACAAACAAAUGGUAAUAGCCAUUCCUACCUCUCAUAAAAAAAUUGGUUUAACAAUAAAUUGUGAAUAUGUUUUGAUUUGCAGUUCACUAAUGAUGGUCCCAAGUGUUCAUACUUUUGUAGAUUAAAUUGAUGUAAACGUAAAAGUUUUAAAAUGUGCCCUGAACAAUGCAGUCUUUCUAUAUGAAAAUGUGUGUUUGUCAUAGUUAUUGUUUUAACAUAGGUUUACCAUAAACGUUUUAAAUUCCUGAUUUGUUCUAUAGACGAUGUGAUCUGUGACAUCACAUGAUUACAAAAGAGCCACAGAGCCUGGACUUCCUGCUGGCAUGAUUUGUACACAGCCUAAUGGAAGGAAACAUAAAAUAUUUUAUUUUACGGAGAUUUCACUGUCCAAUUUUUAUCAACGUUUGAUAUGAUGAUAGGGGGCACAUCUAUGUGGAAAUUAUGACACAAAAUGUCACCAACUUUCCCAUAUGACCAGUGUAGUAUCUUGCCUGCCAGAAUACUCAAGGAAUACAGUAAACAAAGUUCACAUGGUCUAUAGGAUAACGUUAAUUUUGAGUGAUAAAUUCUGUGACUGAGAAAUUCUGAAGUAAGAGAAAGCAAUUAAAGCCAUUGGACCCUUUCGGUUCAGAAAAAAAAAAACAGUUCACAGAUUUACAAAUA